UGUCCCCACACUCGCCUCUGAGACACCAUGUUCAACUCGAUGACCCCACCGCCAGUCAGUAGCUAUGGCGAGCCCUGCUGUCUCCGGCCCCUCCCCAGUCAGGCCCCCAGCAUGGGGACAGAAGGACUGCCCGGUCUGCCCUUCUGCCAUCAGGCCAACCUCAUGUCUGGCCCCCACAGUUAUGGGCCAGCCAGGGAGACCAACAGCUGCACUGAGGCCACACUCUUUCCUCCUCCCCGAAGUGCAGUCAAGUUGACCAAGAAGCGGGCACUCUCCAUCUCACCUCUGUCCGACGCCAGCCUGGACCUGCAGACAGUUAUCCGCACCUCCCCCAGCUCCCUUGUGGCCUUCAUCAACUCACGCUGUGCAUCUCCCGGGGGCUCCUAUGGUCACCUCUCCAUCAGCACCAUGAGCCCAUCUCUGGGAUUCCCACCCCAGAUGAAUCACCAAAAAGGGACCUCGCCUUCCUUCGGGGUCCAGCCCUGUGGUCCCCAUGACCCCACCCAGGGUGGGAUGAUGCCGCAUCCUCAGUCCCGGGGACCCCUCCCAACUUGCCAGCUGAAGUCUGAGCUGGACCUGAUGGUUAGCAAGUGCCCAGAGGAGCCCUUGGAGGGUGAUAUGUCCAGCCCCAACUCCACAGGCACACAGGAUCCCCUGCUGGGGAUGCUGGAUGGGCGGGAGGACCUGGAGAGAGAGGAAAAGCCUGAGCCUGAAUCCGUGUAUGAGACUGACUGCCGCUGGGAUGGCUGCAGCCAGGAAUUUGAUUCCCAGGAGCAGCUGGUGCACCACAUCAACAGUGAGCACAUCCAUGGGGAGCGGAAAGAGUUCGUGUGCCACUGGGGGGGCUGCUCCAGGGAGCUGAGGCCCUUCAAAGCCCAGUAUAUGCUGGUGGUCCACAUGCGCAGACACACGGGCGAGAAGCCACACAAAUGCACGUUUGAGGGGUGCCGGAAGUCAUACUCACGCCUUGAAAAUCUGAAGACACACCUGCGAUCACACACGGGUGAGAAGCCAUACAUGUGUGAGCACGAGGGCUGCAGUAAAGCCUUCAGCAAUGCCAGUGACCGAGCCAAGCACCAGAAUCGGACCCACUCCAAUGAGAAGCCGUAUGUGUGUAAGCUCCCCGGCUGCACCAAACGCUACACAGAUCCCAGCUCACUUCGGAAACAUGUCAAGACAGUGCACGGUCCUGAUGCCCAUGUGACCAAGCGGCACCGAGGAGAUGGCCCCCUGCCCAGGGCAUCAUCCCUUUCCACAGUGGAGCCCAAGAGGGAGCGGGAUGGAGGCCCCAUCAGGGAAGAGAGCAGACUGACCGUGCCGGAGGGCACCGUGAAGCCACAGCCCAGCCCUGGAGCCCAGUCGUCCUGCAGCAGCGACCACUCCCCAGCAGGCAGUGCAGCUAAUACAGAUAGUGGUGUGGAAAUGACUGGAAAUGCGGGGGGCAGCACUGAGGACCUGUCCAGCUUGGAUGAGGGGCCUUGCAUUGCUGGCACCGGUCUGUCCACCCUUCGCCGCCUUGAGAACCUCAGACUGGACCAGCUACAUCAGCUUCGACCAGUAGGACCCCGGGGCCUCAAACUGCCCAGCCUGACCCAUACUGGCACCCCUGUGUCCCACCGUCUGGGGCCCCCACUUUCUCUUGACCGCCGCAGCAGCAGCUCCAGCAGUGUCAGUUCAGCUUAUACUGUCAGCCGCCGUUCCUCCUUGGCCUCCCCUUUCCCCCCUGGCUCCCCACCAGAGAAUGGGGCAUCUUCUUUGCCCGGCCUCACGCCUGCCCAGCACUACCUGCUCCGGGCAAGAUAUGCUUCAGCCAGGGGAGGUGGUACCCCACCCACGGCAGCAGCCAACCUGGAUCAGAUGGGGAAUCUUCCCGCACCUUCCUGGAGAAGCCGAGCUGAGUAUCCAGGAUACAACCCCAAUGUAGGGGUCACCCGGAGGGCCAGUGACCCAGCCCGGGCUGUUGAUCGUCCUGCCCCAGCCAGAGUCCAGCGGUUCAAGAGCUUGGGUUGUGUCCACACCCCCCCCACUGUGGCAGGGGGAGGACGGAACUUUGAUCCCCAACUCCCAACCACUGUCUACUCACCACAGCCCCCCAGCAUCACUGAGAAUGUUGCCAUGGACACCAGAGGGCUACGGGAGGAGCCAGAAGGUGGGACCUCCAUGAUAGGCAGUGGUCUAACCCCCUAUAUGGACUUCCCACCUACUGAUACUUUGGGAUAUGGGGGACCUGAGGGGGCAGUGGCUGAGCCUUAUGGAGCUAGGGGUCCAGGCUCCCUGCCUCUUGGGCCUGGUCCACCCACCAACUAUGGGCCAAACCCCUGCCCCCAGCAGGUCUCCUAUCCUGAACCCACCCCUGAACCAUGGAGUGAGUUCCCUUCCCACUCUGGGCUGUACCCAAGCCCCAAGGCUCCAGCUGGAGUCUACAGCCAGUGUCCUCGUCUUGAACAUUAUGGACAAGUGCAGGUCAAGCCAGAACAGGGGUGUCCAGUGGGUUCUGAUUCCACAGGAUUGGCACCCUGCCUCAAUGCCCACCCCAGUGAGGGGCCUCCUCGCCCACAGCCUCUGUUCUCCCACUACCCCCAGCCUCCCCCUCCCCAGUAUCCCCAGUCAGGUGCCUAUACCCAGCCACCCUCUGAUUAUCUCUCUUCAGAACCCAGGUCUGGCCUGGAUUUUGAUUCCCCCACUCACUCCACAGGACAACUCAAGGCUCAGCUUGUGUGUAAUUAUGUUCAGUCUCAACAGGAACUGCUCUGGGAGGGUGGGGGCAGGGGAGAUCUCCCAGUCCAGGAACCUCUCUACCAGAGUCCCAAGUUUCUGGGGAGUUCCCAGGUUAGCCCAAGUCCUGCCAAGGCCCCAUUGGCCACAUAUGGACCUGGCUUUGCACCUAACUUGCCCAGUCACAAGUCAGGUUCCUAUCCCACCCCUCCACCGUGCCAUGAAAAUUUUGCAGUGGGGGCAAACAAGGCUUCCCAUAGGGCAGCAGCACCACCCCGACUUCUGCCCCCACUGACUACUUGCUAUGGGACCCUCAAGGCAGGGGGCACGAACCCCAGCUGUGGUCAUCCCGAGGUGGGCAGGCUGGGAGGGGGUCCUGCCUUGUACGCUCCUCCUGAAGGGCAGGUGUGCAACCCUCUGGACUCUCUUGACCUUGACAACACUCAGCUGGACUUUGUGGCUAUUCUGGAUGAGGCCCAGGGGCUGAGUCCUCCUCCUUCGCAUGACCAAGGGGACAGCUCUGAACAUACCCCACCUCCCUCCGGGCCCGCCAACAUGGCUGUGGGCAACAUGAGUAUCUUACUGGGAUCCCUGCCUGGGGAGACACAAUUCCUCAACUCUAGUGCCUAA